AUGCAUAGAAAAAAUGAAAAUUGUGGUCCCUGCACAAUUAUUAAUUGCAAAAAUACUGAAGUUAAAUUUAAGACUAUGACAGACCUUGCACUUAAUAAAUUACAACAAAGCCCAGAUUAUGGAAGUGUGAAUUAUUUAAAAAAAAAUGAUCAAAUUUGUCAUAUUCAUUAUAUGAAAUAUGUAGAGUUUAACAAGUACAAUAAAAAAUUAAGAAGUGAUAAAAUCUAUGAAGAAAUUUCCAAAAAUAAUGAUAAUAUAAAAAUAAAUGUUACUGAAAAUGGUGUUCUUCCAUCAAAGGAAUACUUUGGUUCAUUAAUUUCAAAAAUUGAAAAUUUAGAAUCAACAAUUGAAAAAAAAGUAAUCAAAUCAAAGAAAUUGAGAACUUAA